AAAGCCAUAUCGAUAAAGCCUUUAAUUAUUACAGCUGUAUUGACCGUUAUGAGCAGUAUACCCCGACAUAUACACAACUAAGGACAAAGAUUUUAAUGUAUGAUCAACCAUGACGAGGAUGCUGUACAAAGGAACAAUCCUGAGAUCUGUAUUUUUAUUGCUGCUUUUACUUGCUUACCAGACGAAUGGUUUACCCAAGGAUAAUGCAUUUAAACAAGUGAUUAAAGGCGAUUCCCGGACGCACAUAUUGUUGAUGUUGCGAGCGAAUUCUACUUACGGAUUGGACGACGUCAUGUCAAAUACUCCACCUUGUCCUGGCAUGUCACGAUCCAACUCCAGCUUUACUCGCCAGGUGAUAGAUAGCGAUUACUACGGGAGCAGUUUACUUGAUCAGUGGAAAGAACAUACCCCAGUUCACCUCAGUCUACUACUUACCAACUACAGAGGCACUAUUCUAUGGAGCAGCAGCUUUGUAGUAACAGACAGGAACUCGUCCAGACUCGAUGCUUGGUUCCAAUCUGAGAACAUUGUCCUUCUCCCGGACUUCACCGAUUAUCUGGAAUCACCAAGUACACUCACUACAAAUUUCGGAACACAAGGUUUCCUGACUUUGCUGCAACAAACCUCUACCAAUAAUACCGCCUAUCUAGGGAUAAUACAGAGGGACGAAAACACCACACACUGUUCAAAGAUGCCAUCAUUUUUCUAUUUUUCCAAUUCGACUAACACUCCAUUUAAAAUACGAACAGAUGACUGGAAUUUGAACAUGCCACUUACUCAAAUUGAAGUAUUACUUAAAACAACACACAUGACAGAUGGGAAUGAAACAAAGAUUGAUUUUGAGAAUACAACUGGCUUUGUGACUGCCGUCCGCGUGCACAACCAUGUCCAGAAAGCAGUGUCGAAAAGUCCGUGUCUAUACAAACUCAAAUAUUCCACAAUAAAUUGUGAAGCGGAGAAAUAUCACACACUUGGGAGAAAUAGGACCUUUGAUUGUGGCAUGAAAGAAUAUCUACCAAGAGGAGUUCUGAGAUUAAAAUGUCUGAUAUUCGCAUUACCAGACAUGGCAUCUGUGGAUGUUGAUGUUUACGGUAUUGGAGAACCCUACAUAGCUGCUCCUGUUCUGAUGGUAUUAGGACACUACGAUCACAACCCACUGGCAGAUGACGAAUCCCUCCAAAGAAAUGACUCCGGCAGGUCGGUGAAACCUUCCUCUACAAUGACAGCAGAGACAACCACCCUGACUAUUUUGACGACGGAGACAGUUUCAACCACAACAAUCAUUUCAACUUCUGUUCCCGUUUCAAUCGACCAGUCGAUUUCAACAACUCUUGGUGUGGAUGAUAAGACGAAGAGCUGCUGUUUUUGUGACUGCUCGAUGUACACAGCUUACUACAAAUGGCACAGUAAAACACCUAUAAAUGACAAAUUAGCCUUAACUUCGGUGGCUAAUCAACUGAAGGCUAACACAACUGUCAAGAAGACCGCUCUUUCUUCGUACGUGAGAAGGAAGACGUGUGCCUCCGAUCCACGGCCACAUAUCCGCUAUGUGGGCACGUUUGGUAUCCUCCUAUUGGUCAUGGUUCUCGGCAGCAUUAUCCUGGCUGAUAUCGCCUCCCUUAGAUCGCACAUAGGAACAAUACGUCAAGACAUCCAUGGUCACAGAAGAAUAUCCCUUUCCUAGUACAGUAUCAGUAUGCAUCUUGUUAUAGUAAUAUCAAUAGCUGGAGUCUGUCUUCUAAGCAUAUUUGUUUCUUGACCACCUGUUUAAUUGUCUAUAAAUUCCUUAUUUUCCAUAGUGCAUUCCUAUUUGGGAAGUUUCUGGGCAUCAUAUGAUGUUGUUCGGAGCAAUACUCUUUUCGGUACCCGUCCGUGUAUUUCUAUUGGUUGUCCAAUUUCGAUUUACUUCCUAUCCAUGUCAAUAGAACUUCACAAUAUAACAUUCCAACAUUA